CGCCAUAGUUACGCCCUAACGUUGCUAUGGCUGAAGAUAUUGGCGGUUUGGAGCGCGCGUAGCUUCCAGCUCCAAACAUCUCAGACAUGUCAAAUGGCAGCAAGAAGUCACUGUUGCGGAAGCUAGAGAAACUGAAAAAAGAAAGAAACAUCCUGCCAGUCCUUCUGAAAGCAGGAAAACCCCAGAAUUCAUUGAUUGGUCAGGAUGUGAACUCUGGCGGCAUUAAUUCGCAGCAGAUAUUUCAAUGUGGCUCAAAGGAGAAUCAGCCAAAGGAAAGAUAUAAAGCCCAUGCAGAGAAAUCGGACAAGGGGAGAACUUUGGAAGGUUUCAAGCUGCCAAUGACACCUGAAGAAGCAUUGAUACAUUUUACAAGUGGACUGACAAAUUAUGAACACAAAGAAGUCCUAAAUUAUGAAGAAGUCUGGUUUCUCGGAUUGAACACUCAAAAGAUAGAAGGUUCUUCUGACAAACAGCACAACAAUGGCUACGAUGAUGAACAUGGCUCUUACAUUGAGGUGUUGCAUGACCAUAUUGCAUACCGGUAUGAAAUUCUUGAAGUGAUAGGUAAAGGAUCUUUUGGGCAGGUGGUAAAAUGUAUGGACCAUAAAGCAAAUGAACUUGUGGCUAUCAAGAUAAUAAGGAAUAGAAAGAGGUUUCAGCACCAAGCUUUUGUAGAACUGAAGAUUUUAGAUAUCCUGCAAAAGAAGGACAAAGAUGGUAGCAACAAUGUUAUUCAUAUGAAAGAAUAUUUUUAUUUCAGAAACCAUCUAUACAUUUCUUUUGAACUUUUAGGAAUGAAUCUGUAUGAACUUAUCCAGAAGAACAACUUCCAGGGUUUUACCAUAUCUCUUAUUUGCCGAUUUGCAUACACUUUACUAAAGAGCUUACAAAUGCUCUUUAGGGAAAAAAUAAUUCACUGUGACCUGAAACCUGAGAACAUAUUACUUUGUCCCAAAGGGCAAGGAUUAAUAAAAGUAAUUGAUUUUGGAUCAAGCUGCUUUGAGAAUCAAAAAGUUUAUACAUACAUCCAGAGCAGAUUCUACCGCUCACCUGAAGUAAUUCUUGGUCACCAGUUUGGAUUAGCAAUUGACAUGUGGAGCUUUGGCUGCAUCUUAGCUGAGCUCUACACUGGCUACCCACUCUUUCCUGGGGAAAAUGAAGUGGAACAGUUGGCUUGUAUCAUGGAGGUAUUUGGGAUUCCACCAGCAGAAAUCAUUCAAACUUCGCAAAGAAAACGUUUGUUUUUUGAUUCUAAAGGAUUCCCUAAAAACGUCACAAACAGUAAAGGAAUGAAGAGGUGUCCAAAUUCCAAGGAGCUUACCAGCGUACUAAAAACAAGUGAUAACCUUUUCCUAGACUUCCUGAAAGGAUGUCUCAUGUGGAAUCCUGAGCACCGCCUGACUCCAGAUGAAGCAAUGAAACAUAGAUGGAUUCAGGAAUCCAGAACAAAAAAACAUCAUCUUAAAAUGAAAGUGACAUCUGGGACUGAAAGUAACAAUAAACAUGCUUGCAAAAAAGCACACCAUCUAAAGACAGAAAAAAUCUGUCGUGAAACAGAUGUUAGGCACAAGGUUCAUGUCGAAGAGGAGACAGCACUCACUGUACGUCCAAGACCUCUAGGGACUUCUGCAGAAGAAGAUGUAACAGAAAAAGCAAAUGACAACUGUGAAGUCCUUGCUGAAAAAGAACUGGAAGAUAAAUCAUUGAAAAAUAUACAACAAGAUGUUCAAUCUGAAUCACCUAAAGAAAUAAAGUGUCAGGAAUGCAUCUAGUUCCUGUCACCUGUAGAUAGAUCAUGCUUGUGGUCCUGUCAGAUCUCACUCAAGGUAGUUUGUCCAGUAAAGCUGCUCCUUUAUCAGAGAAAACUGCAAUAUCAGAAAGCUGUUUUGUUUUUACAGUUACCUCUAAUGGAAUCGAUGUCCCAUUUGAGGCAUCAUAUGGAAAGUGCAAAUGACUGCAGGCUCUAGAUGUUGCAGACCAAACUGAUGAAAUUGUGCAAUAACUCCUGUUUUCUAAACAUAAUCUCCUCAUUCACAAAUUUAUACUUUUUCUGAAUAAUACCAACAAAAUAACAAUAUGUUUUCAAAGUCAAUGAUGGAAACAAUAAAAGAAUCCCAAAUUAUCACUUCUUAAA